AUGAAAAAACGAGCAGCUAUAGAAACUUUACCGAUCUCCCAAAUAUAUUCACAAGAAGUUGUAAAAACUCGUGUUAAUAAUCCUGAUAUGGACAUCGGCUCAAUUUCUCCAUUAUUAGAUAGUAUUGAUUCAAGUUCAUAUCGCAAACGUGCUAAAAAUGAUCCAAAUAUACCAAAAGGUAUUCAUGAUCUUAUAAUUCCAGAUGGGUGGAAACUUGGUUCUCUGGGCGAACCUUUUCUUCUGGUCGAUGAGAUUUGCAUGGAAUUUUGUUUUUUUCAUUUGAAAUAUUUUACUUAUGUUAUAGAUGGUCAAGAUCGGCUUCUUAUGUUUGCUUCAAAUUCGAGCAUACAAUUCUUAAGUUCUUGUAGUCAAUGA